CUCUACCGGGUUAUAAUUACAGGCUACAGAUGCUGUCGAGGCGAGAGAUCUAGAAAGGAAACCACAGACAGAUUUGCGAUCGACAUCAAUCAAUCAUAAUAAGAAGAAAAUUUUAAGGAUUUUAAAUCAAAUGCCGAUUGGUAAAAACCUGGCUUUCAAAAUAUAUAGAGGACGGAGGAAGUAUGACGAUGAGCAACCUCUAAACAAGAACACUCCCAACCUUGAUUUUCCACGUCCAAUUGAUGAUCCCGCACCUUACAUUGUCGUCGUGCAGGGACCUCGCAAGGUUGGGAAGUCCAUGUUGAUUAAAGCUCUACAAAUGAGUUUUGUCACAGAGUAUUUUACUGGUGGCAUGCGAAUCCCCUUCGCUUGUGGACAUGGCACCUUCCCAACAAUCCAAGUCCCUGACGAAUCAGGUAUACGGCUACAGUUUGUGGAGUGUCCGGAUGAUAUUAAUGGUAUGAUUGAUGCUGCAAAGUAUGCUGAUGUAGCGAUACUAAUGGUUGACGCGAGUUAUGGGUUUGAACAGGAAACAUUUGAGUUCCGCAACCUUUUACAAGUUCACGGCUUUCCAAAGGUUAUUGGGGUUCUUACACAUCUUGACAAGGUGGCUCUAGAUGAAACAUCAAAAGUCAAACAGCGUCUCGAGGAUCAUUUCUGUACUGAAAUUUAUGAAGGAGCAAAACUUUUCUACUUAAACGGUACAAAAUGCCUGAAAUUGGAGACCUGAGAGAAAUGCUUUCAGAUCCUCAAUUCCUUCCUCUGUCAUGGCGGGCCAAACAUCCUUAUGUGCUGGUAGAUUGUUUUGAAGAUGGUACUCCAAAAAGAGUGCAUGGGGAUGAAAAAUUCAAUAGAAUUUUAAGUCUGUACGGUUAUCUCAGAGGUUGUAAUAUCAAGAAAGGAUCUAAGGUACAUAUUGCUGGUGCUGGGGAUUUCUCUUUAGCUGACGUUAGAGAGUAUUAUGAUCCUUGCCCUGUGCUUUGGUCACCCAGAAGAUCUUUUGGGGAUCUUCUGGGUGAACAAAGCACAGGAACUUAUUUAAGGUUGGAAUUUCUUGAUGUUCCUCCUGAGAUAAUUGAAAAUUUUGAUCCCCAUCAUCCUAUUCUCGUGGGAGGUAUCCUUCCAGAAGAGGAAAAUUCUGGAUAUAUGCAGGUGAAACUUAAGCGGCAUAGUUGGCGUAUGGAUUUGUUGAUGACCGGUGCUCCAAUAUCUGUUUCGGCUGGUUGGAGACGUUAUGAGACAACUGCUAUUUAUGCCAUGGAAAACGAAAAUGGACAGCAUCAACUUCUCAAUUACACUCCAGAACAUAAGGAGUGUGUUGCGGUGUUUAUGGGCCCUUUAGCACCUUCCAAGACCAGAAUUGUUGCUGUAAUGACUAAUCUUAAUUGUUCGAAAAAUAAGGAAGCAUUUCGAAUUAUGGCCAAGGGUGUCGUUCUAGAUUUUAAUUUUCACGCACAGAUAUUGCUGAAAGUAGAAAAGAUAGGAUCUCUUGUUUGCACCGGCUGGAAGACUGCUCGUAUCAAGUUUGCACCAAACUUUCAAAUUGAUGGGUUUAUAGGUGCAACAAUUCAGACUAAGAGAGGAGUUCGGGGGAAGAUUGACAAGGUUGCAGGAGAUCGGUUAUUUGAAUGCACAUUUAAGGACUAUGUUGACAUGGGCGACACUUUCUUUUUUCCUGUUCCCGCCACACUCGUGCUUCCUGCACUCUUCAAACAGUUUAAUUUGCUCUUCAAACCCUUAGAGAUCAUCGAAGCAACCAUCGCUGGCAUUGCCGCUGCCAUCGCCGCCGUCGAUGAAGCCACUGUCGCUGUCGCCACAACCACCAUCCCCGCUGCCGCUGCCGGCGCCACUAUUGUCGAGUACGAGCUUGCUGUUUCAUACAAAAAGAUUGCUCGGAGGUGGCGGACGUUUUAUCAGCGGCGUGGUGUGGAUAUCAACGAGGGGAAACCUGCAUUGGUUACUUUACCAAACCCGCUAGAGUCGGCUUAUUUAUCAGUGGUUGAGUCAGCUUAUUCAUCAGAGGAGCAGAAGCCAGUCAAGAGGAGAAAAGUUAGUGUUUGUGAGGCCCGGGAGAUAUUAGGAGGGGAAGCAACGGUGAUCAACGACGAUGAACAAGUGCUGUCUAAAGACAGUGCACUCGAUAUAUUUUUGUGAAGGCACGGUGGUAAGGUAGUACCGGUAAGACAGUACUGAGCUUGUAAGAGAGGAUACCUUUGUGAAUGCAGUUGUUUAUGACAGUGUAACUGUUUGUAUAAUCCUAAAAUCAAAAAUUUAUAAUCUUAAAAUUGUCCUUUCGAUCUUAGUCGAAUUUUUCAA